GAUCACAGCAGAGAGGCUCAGGCUUCCGGCCUAAAGAACGACAACACAACUGAAGUCUGAAAGACGAAGAGGAGAAGCCUCUAUUAACAAACUAUUCAAUUCUGCACUUUUUUCAGAUACAGACAGAAUCUACCGUAAGGAGCUGGCAAUCGGACUAACAUGACAUCUGUUUGCUGAACUGCUCCAUCUUCAGUCACUGUUAACACCAAGCUUUGGUGUGCAUCUUCCCAGCGAAUGACACUGACCUAUCAAAAUGGAAACAGAUACAGAAGUUAUUCCCAUCUGGCAGAACAAGCCACAUGGAUCCACUCGUAGUGUCGUGAGAAGAAUAGGUUCCACUCUUCCUCUUAAACCCCCACAGAGGGCAUGUUUCCAGGAAUUGCCAGGCUUGCCUUCUCUUCGCCCCAUGGAUGGUCCCAUGGUCCCUACCUUGGCAGACAUUGCCUGGAUUGUAGCAGAUGAAGAGGAGACAUAUGCCAGAGUGCGGAGUGACACACGUCCUCUGAAACAUGAAUGGCGGCCAACACCUCUCCUGGUGCUGCACAGAAACUCAUCUGUGCCCAAUUUCCGUCGUGAAGGCAAAAGGGUAGAGGGGCUUCGGAAGCCUGGGGUGACGGCCCUGAACCGCACAACAGCCCUGCAGGAUGAGUUGAGCAGACUGCGGGCUCAGAUUGCUAAGAUCGUGGCUAGUGACUCUGGUUCUAACCCACUGACCCCUGACCUGCUCUCCCCUGAUGACACAAGCAUGAGUUUUUCCUUGGCUCCUUUCGAGACGGCGCCCUACCAGCCAGCCGCCGCAGCAGCUGCCUCCUUCGUCAUCAGUGAUGUCACAGAGGAGGAGGAAGAAGAGGAGGAAGAGGAGGAGGAGGAAGAUGAGAAAGACGUCUCAAUGGUGUCAGAGCUGGUCCCUGACCCUCUGCCGCCUGUUUCUAUGACAGCAUCGGCAACAUUUGACCUGGACAGGCCCAGCAUGGACUUCAGAGAGGCAGAGGAGGAUACAGUGUCACUUUCCAAGUCCACCAGCUUUGCUGAUGUCAUGGACAUCCUGAAGGAUAUGAAUCGCAUGAAGAUGAGCAAAGACAGGUACAACAGAGGCUGCACAUCCCUGAGAGAGGAGGAUUCAGCCACCCUGAUUUCAGAAGCCCUUAGGAAAAAGUUUGUAUUGAAGGAAGAGGAUACUGCUGCUGUGAAACGGAAGUAGUAUAAUUAUGCGAUCACUAUGAUCCUGCUGCUCCAUGCCUUUGCCUGUGGAAUAUGUACGCAUGGAUCCACAACCUUUCUCGUCAAACCCAAGGCAUUAGCUGCGUUCCAGAGUUAGAAAACAAAACACUCGGUUCCAGACACUCAAAACCGAACGUGGACCUCGUAGUGCUGGUUCAGUGUGAGGGACAACAAUAACACUGCGUUCAGAUCAGUUCUCUCUGGGAAAAAAAAAAAGGCUUUUUAUGUGUCAGUUUAUUCUGAAUAUAUCAUCCGACCGGUUCCACCGCUGUCCAGUUUGAGCUUUUAUUUUCACUUUUUCCACAUAAAGUCCUUGUUUUCAUUUCAGUUAUACUUUAAGAGGUCCUACACAAUACUUGAAAAUAUUUGACGUGCAAAUAGUGAGAUCUAGUAUAAAUGAAGAUAUGGACUUUUAGGCUAUGAAUAUGGAGCAAAAAUAUGACUUCAGAGCUUUGCUGUUGAUAUUUGCAUUACAGCGCAGACGUUUUGCAAAUGUGUACAGCAUCAUGUACGUUGCUUGCUCCUGCGCACUUGUUAAUGCCUGUCCUCUGUGAUUAAAACGUAGACCUAUAGUCACUGAACCACAGGACAGAUUCUCUAAAAAGACUAAAAGGAGUGGGAACAUGUUGAUACUAUAGUUUGAACUGCGUGGUGUGUAGAUCCAGUGAAUGCUUAAUGACAAAGUGGAUAUAUUUACUGAAGUGUGUGAGUAAAAUCUGCAUCUGUUUUUAUUUCUAGUUAAGGCAACCACCAAUACAAGCUGGUACAGGUCUUUUUAGAUACAAAGUUCCCCCCGUGAGGUGAAGUGAAACCACCUCUUUCACGUUUGUCACUGACAUUUAAAUAGGUGGUUUCAGUUCUGGUUGCUUUUACAUUAUGCUGUAUGCCGAUUUUUGUUAAAAAAACAAAACAAAAAAACAAACGCUUGUGUGAUGAUAUUGAAUUUUCUUUUUCUUCUUCGACGCCUUACCCCACAGCCUCUGUUAGAUCCAAGUGCCAUGGGUUUGUUUUAACCAGCCAAACCCUUUGGUUUUCCUGAAUGUGCCCUUUCUUUUCCACUCAACCCUGUUUUCAUCACACAGAUACAGUUAUGCGUGUCAAAAAAAACCCUCACAUGUUUUUUUUUUAUGUCAUGUUUAUGCCUUCAUGACUAGGAACCAUGUAGAGUAGUUGUGCUUGUUAACUCGUGUUUGGAUUGAUUAAGAAUGUCGUCAUCCAGUGUAUGUUAUGUCUUGCUUUUUACAUUUUUUUGUGGUUGGUAGUGAUGAAAUAUAAACCAGUGAGUCAGAAAAAAAACUAUAUGCAAGUUUAAGUGUGUGCAUUGUGUGUCUGCACCUGUUUUUACCUUACAUAACAUGCACAAGCAUCUGCAUUACCUGCCCUGAUUGAGCCACGAUACUUAGUUCAUCUAUUACAUUUUUUGUUUUGUUUUGAGUAUCUGCUGGUUUCUCAUCUGGUUUGAGUGUAUGUCACCAUUGUACCUCUGUACCGUCACAACCUGUAAAUUUUACUUUUUGUCAGAUAAGAACUUGUAAAUAAAGAUGGGCUGAUGUUUUGAAA